AAAAGGAAAGAGAGAGAGAGAGAGAGACUCUGUCUCAAAGUAAAAGAGUACCCACACAUUUGCAGCUGUCUCCAGCCCAUUUCCCUCCCAUCUAUUCCCUCCUUUAUAUACCCUUGCCUUCACGCUCUCUCACUCAAACUCAGUUCUCUCUCACACCAAAAACACAUCAAACAAUGUCACCACAAACCCAUUUCUUUGUCCCAAUUUUCUUCCUCAUUUUCCUCACUACCACUCUCACCUAUGCCUCCACAACACCCAAAACACAAACCUUAAACACAAACCCAAACCCACCGCAAAUACAAUACAUAAACCCAAAACUCCCUCAGAGAGCCUUCACAUCUUCAAAAAAAUAUGAAGGGUCUUCAAACCUUGUCCACCUCCGUUACCACAUGGGCCCUGUCCUCUCCUCCUCCCCAAUCAACAUCUACCUCAUAUGGUAUGGCAACUGGCCUAACGCUCACAAGCAAACCAUCAAACACUUCUUGCUAUCUCUCUCUUCAACCUCUGCUCCUUCUCCCUCAGUCUCUGACUGGUGGAACACACUUUCCCUCUACACUGAUCAAACCGGCGCCAACGUCUCCCGCACCGUCCUCAUAGCCGGCGAACACUCCGAUCUCAGGUACUCCCAUGGGACCCAACUCACACGUCUGAGCAUGCAGCAAGUGGUCUCCAACGCCGUGAAGUCCGCCCCAUUCCCCGUCGACCACAAGAACGGAAUUUUCCUCAUCCUCACAUCCCAAGACGUCACAGUCCAAGACUUUUGCAGAGCCGUUUGUGGUUUCCACUACUUCACGUUUCCAUCAAUGGUAGGCUACACCAUGCCAUACGCUUGGAUUGGAAACUCAGCAAAGCAAUGCCCAGAAGUCUGUGCAUACCCAUUUGCCAUUCCUGGGUACAUGGCUGGUGGUGGGCCCGGAGCUCUUACACCGCCAAAUGGUGAUGUGGGUAUUGAUGGAAUGAUCAGUGUGAUAGCUCAUGAGUUGGCAGAGUUGUCUUCAAAUCCAUUGGUGAAUGCUUGGUAUGCUGGGGAGGACCCAACAGCACCAACAGAGAUAGGGGAUUUGUGUGAAGGGUUGUAUGGGAGUGGUGGGGGUGGUGGGUACAUUGGACAGGUGAUGAAAGGUAGGGAUGGGAUGAGCUUUAAUAUGAAUGGGAUUAGAAAUAGGAGGUUUCUUGUGCAGUGGAUUUGGAGCCCGGUUUUGCAGGCUUGUACUGGUCCUAAUAAGUUGGAUUAGUGAAAAAGAAAGAAACUUUUUUAAGUGGGGUUGUAAUGGAAUGUGGCUCAUGAGCUAUGCUUUAGCUUUUUUUUUUUUUUUUUUUUUGAGCAGUUCUUUUGGUGGGUAAUUUAGGAUUGUGGUGGUGGUGGUGGCGGCGGUGGCAGCAGUGACUGUGGCUGCAAGGUUGGUUGUUAAGAAGAUCGCAUAUAUGUAUUUUCCUUUGUUGCCUAUACUGUGAGGGAAGGAAUUUAUGUACGUGAUGCAUAAUUCUUGAAGGUGGUGAUGGUGGGAUUGAGAUUUUAGAUUAUAUGGUAUAUAUGUAAUAGAAUUCAUAUUCAUGAGAUGAAUAUUGAUUUUUUUUUUUGGGAACUCGUCUUUCGUAUAAAGAUUUUUUCUUUUUGA